AUGGAUGAUUCAAUUGACAACCAUGUAUUGAGAAAAUAUGAAAUUCAUGAAGUAGUUGGUUCUGGGGCUUAUGGAAUAGUUUGGAAAAUCGAAAACAAAGAGACUGGAAAAAUUUUGGCGCUCAAAAAAAUCAUCAAAGCGUUCAACAAUGAAAAAGACGCCGUUCGAACUUUACGUGAAGUAACAAUACUGGAGCAAUUACGAGGCUUGCCUCACAUCGUUACUAUCUAUGAGGUCAUUCAGGCUGUUAACAACAACGACAUUUACUUGAUUUUUGAAUAUGUGAAAUCCGACCUGAGCGUUUUUUUAAAAGAGGAAAAACUCGACAAAGAGAAGAUUCCACAGAUUGUUUAUCAACUCUUGCUGGCUUUACGAGAUCUGCAUUGUCGAGGUUUGAUUCAUCGAGACUUAAAACCUUCCAACAUUUUAGUUGACGAUCAAUAUCAAAUUAAACUAGCCGAUUUUGGUUUGGCUCGUCCGGCCCGAAAUUCCGUAGUAGAUGAAUCGCUGAUGGCGAUGACAGACUAUGUGGCAACUCGUUGGUAUCGAAGUCCUGAAGUGUUGCUUGGAAUGAAUGAAUAUUCCGAGGCUGUGGAUGUUUGGGCGUUGGGCUGCAUUAUGGCUGAGUUGUAUUUGGGUUCAGUUUUGUUUCGCGGCAGUUCCACUAUGGAACAACUCAACUUGAUAACCGGGUUGCUAGGCAUGCCAUCAAAAGCAACCCUCAAGUCGUUCAAAUGCCCAGAAGUAUAUUCUCCCAUCCGGUACACAACGCCGAUCGAGUCUUCUGAAUUAUACAAAAACUUAGAGUCAAUUAUGCCGCCUGAAGGAUUCGAUUUGAUGCUGCAUUUGUUGGACUUCUCACCGAUCAAACGCUAUUCCGUCGGCAGAGCUCUGAUUCAUCCUUAUUUUAAGGAUGUUCCGGGAUAUUUGCCAACUUACCAGGAUAUUAGCAAAGGUCCACUUUUUCUAAUAUUUGUUGCUGGUCUAAGUCUUUUAAGAAGUCGAUUAAAAUUGCCAGUUCAUAGUUAUUCCCGAUAA